UAUUUUGAGUGUAAAUGAAUGAAAGCGGGGCCGCUGCUCGCCUGUCACAUCGUAUGACCUCAAGUGUGUGUGUGCGUGCGCGGUGGGGGGGAUGAGCAGCUUCGGAUGUGAGGAAGGUGCGUGGGUGGUGGCCAGCUGUGGAGCGUACACCUGAGGAAGCCUGUUGACCUGAUGACGAAGAUGGUCACAUUAUAGCGGAUGCCUCAACUUUAAGCAUCGACCAGUCAGGAUGUGAGAGGCCCAGAAAGCGGAUGUGAUGACGCCUCCUCUAAGACUGAUGUCUGUCUUUCUGUUGUCUGAUGCUUAGCUAAGACAAACUACCAGCACACGGAGAUAAGUGCCCUACAAUAUGUGCAUAACCAUGCUACUUAAAAACAGAGCAGCAGUAAUGAAUGCUCAGCCAGUCUAAGUGUAGUAACUUGGUAUCAACUCUUUAACCCUGAUUUGAUUUAGCACAAUAGUCAUUGUGUAGUCAAUUCGAAUUUCCAUUAGGCACUUCUCAGUGUUACUACACAUGCAUGAAUUUCCGGAUACUCCCACAUUCCAAAAGCAUGCACGUUAGGUUAAUUGGCGAGUCUAAAUUGUCCAUAGGACAAUAGCGUGAAUGAUUGUUUGUCGAUAUGUCCCCUGUGAUUGGAUGGCGACAAGUCCAGGGUGUACCCCUCCUCUCGCCUUAAGUCAGCUGGGAUAGGCUCCAGCAUACCCCUGUGACACUAAUGAGGAUAAGCGGCAUAGAAAAUGAUGGAUCUUAAUAUAAUCAUAUAAAAAUAGUAUAAAAUACAUAAUAACAUAUACAAAGCAAAUAACAUCCAUACAUUGAAUUGAUAUAUACAAAUUACACAUAAUUGGUUUUAUAAAUUAUUAUAAAAAUGCUAGACAACCUUAUAGCAUCACUGUGUGUGUGUGUGUGUGUGUGUGUGUGUGUGUGUUUGUGUUGUUUCAGCACCAGGAGCUGGAGACGCUCCAGGCAGUGCAGUCUCACGGCCCCACAGACCAUCUCGCUGACCAGUGUGUUUAUUUCUGCUGAGCCUCCAGUGUUUAUUUUCACCAGGGUAUGGAUGUCUUUGUGAUAGGUCUCCUGUGUUAUUUUAGAUCAGCCGUUUGGGAAUGGAUACAUGAGAGAACACGUCUGUGCUUCUGCCUGCACAUCCACUGUGUGUCUGUGUGUGCACGGUCCAACAACCACACACACAGACACACACACACAUGAUAAUGCAGACUUCUGAGAAAUGAAGCUUGUUUUUUCAUCUUUAUUCAACCACUCUGACAAGAGCUGAGAACAGAUUGUAUAAAAAGGCGAAGUCUUUUGUACUCUGAGCUGUAGUUUUUUUAGCAUUAUAAUUAUUCCAUAGUGCCUCCAUUGGAAAAUCAUUUGUUUGUGUGAAUAAAUCUUCAUUUCAUGUUUUUAUAUUGUGUAAUACCCUCACUGGAACAUUUAGUUCAAAUUUGGAUUUAUUUGUGGCAUUGUCCUGUUUUCAAGCUUCCCCUCAUUUAGCAAUUUUCCCUGUUUGGGACAAUUGGAGCAAAUUUUGACAUUUUCCUUAUUGGUCGCUUGGCUCAAGUUUGGACAGUGUCCCCUUUUGGCUCAAAUUUGACAUUCCCAUAAUGGGACAUGAAGCUGAGAUUCCAUCCAUUCCAUCCAUCCAUCCGUCUUCUAUGCUGCUUAUCCUCAAUAGGGUCGCGGGUAUGCUGGAGGCUAUCCCAGCUGACUUCGGGCGAGAGGCGGGACUGGUCGCAAGCCAAUCGCAGGGCACAUAUAGAAAAACAAGCAUUCACACUCACAUUCAUACCUAUGGACAAUUUAGAGUCGCCAAUGAACCUAACAUGCAUGUUUUUUUGGAAUGUGGGAGGAAACCGGAGUACCCGGAGAAAACCCACGCAUACACAGGGAGAACAUGCAAACUCCACAAACUCUGUAUUUUAUUGAAAGAAAGAUAAGUGACAGUGCAGGAUUAUAUAUACAGUAUUUGUAUGUUUUCACAGCGCCAAAUUAACUUAAAAUUGAAAUCAAAUUAAGUCAUGUCACACGUCUGAAAAUCUAUUCACCUAACACUGGUUUCUUUAAUAGAAUAUUUGAGUCAGACUUUUAAAUGCGCUACUGUGAGCAAUGAGGAGUGACGUUCAAAGACACCACGUGAUUUAAGUGAAAUCACAUAUUUUGAGUGAAUUUUCGGUGAUUUCCCAGCACACUUGAAUGCAGCAAAUUGUACUUCCGCAUUAAGAGUUACAAAGAGAGUGAUAAGAAUAUCCACUUAUUGACUUUCAUUGCAUUUCUGUUGAUUUAGACCAACCAUACACGCAUAAACACGUUCUUGUGAUGUUCGGAGUGUCAGUGAACGCAUCUCGCGGUCUGUCUCGUGACAAUGAGGAAGUGUUGUUGCAAUGACUGGUCCAGAGACGUGUUUCUUUGGAGUUGGGGACACAUAUAUGGUGUUGCAUUGCACUGCUGUUGAUGUGUUCAGUUUGGAGGUGUGAAAAAAAGGACGUCUGUGCUCCUUCCAAAAACCUUCCUCCCACCUGGAGUUGCGGUCCUGUCAUUCAUCAGCGAGCGUGCAGGCCCUAAAUAAUCGAGAUGCUCCCCUGCAGACAAGGUUACAGAGAAAGGAGGUGUGUCUGGACUACCCUCCUUCAUCUCACGGGACAUCUCCCUGCAGACUGAUGGACGGUGCAAGAGCUUCGUUUAUUGGUAAAGUGUCAGCCAUCCAUCCAUCUAUCCAUCCCACCACAAGGAAGAACGAAGGAAUUUAACCCGUUAAACAACACACGAUGCCCGAGAAAGAGGUUGCGUGUUGCUUCCAUGCAUUACAGUAGAAGAUCAGGGGGAGGUGCAGGCCUUAUCCAGGUGAGGAUUGGAUUGUUUGAGAGGUAACCUGCACCGGUAUGGAUGUGAGGGGACAACUGCACAGCCUGACAGCCUGGGCGUCAAUGGAGCUGUGUGGUCCCAACAUGAGUGAGAGUGGAGGCUCCCUCUGCCAGGUGAAGCAGCUACCCUGCCACGAUGUCUCCCUUUGCCGCCUUCAGGUCAGCGGCCAAGCUCUUCACAACCUUUCCCCUCGCACCCACCCCUCCUCUUGGGUCAAACACGCGCCCCUGGCCCUACGGCACCGGGUGAGUGGAGCCAUGGCGUCCACCUGCAGCAGCCCAGAGUGUGCGGCCUCCAAAGUGGGAGAGAGUGGCUCCUCUGCUGAGAAGGUGCUGGUGACAGGAGGUGGGGGAUACUUUGGCUUGAGGCUGGGGAGGGCGCUGGCCAGUCAGGGGAUGUCUGUCAUCCUUCUGGACAUGAACAAGCCUCCAAGUGACAUCCCUGAUGGAGCUGUCUUCUAUCAGAGCGACAUUCGGGAUUAUUCGUCUCUCUUUGACUUGUGUGAUGGUGUAGACUGUGUAUUCCACACUGCGUCUUACGGCAUGUCUGGCCCAGAACAGCUGAGGAAAGAGCAGGUGGAAUCAGUCAACGUGGGAGGGACUCAUAAUGUCAUAAAUGUGUGCAAAGAAAGGAGCAUCCACCGUCUUGUGUACACCAGCACCAUCAAUGCAGUGUUUGCGGGGGAGCCAAUUGAGGACGGUGACGAGGCCUCUGUCGCCUGUGUGCCCCCCGACAUGCACGUCGAUCACUACUCCAGGACUAAAGCUAUAGCGGAGCAGAUUGUGCUCUCAGCAAAUGGGUGCCCCCUCAAAGGAGGAGGUCUGUUGAGGACAUGCGUCCUGCGGCCUUGCGGCAUCUAUGGCCCCGAGGAGCGAAGACACCUGCACAGAGUGAUGGUGAACGUGGAACGUCGCUUGUUCAGUUUCAGGUUUGGCAACCCGCAGGCCAGAAUGAACUGGGUCCACGUGGACAACCUGGUGCUGGCCCACGUGCUCGCCGCCGAGGCUCUGACCACGAAGAAGAGCUGUAUCGCUAGCGGACAGGCCUAUUUCAUCAACGACGGACUUUCCGUUAAUCUCUUUGAGUGGUUAACCCCUCUGUUCGAGAAAUUGGGCUACAGCAGGCCGUUGAUAAACUUGCCAGUUAGUCUCGUCUAUUCCGCAGCCAUCCUGGUGGAAUAUUUGCACAUAUUCCUGAGACCCGUGAUAGAAGUGCCUCUCCUGUUCACCAGAAAUGAGGUGAGGAACAUAGCUGUAAGCCACACCUUUAAGAUAGACAAAGCCAGACAAGAUCUUGGGUACCGUCCCAAGUCCUACAGCCUGGUGGACUCUGUGGAGCAGUACCUUCAUUCCCGAAAGGCCUGCUCCGGCUCGCCUCUGGUCCACUGGAGGACCCCCCGGCUGCACAGACCUCACAUGGUGGUGCUACUGAUGGCUUUCAGCAUGCUGCUCCUCAUGUUAAGCUGGGUACAUGGUAGCAUUUUAACAUAUACACAGAUUUAAGCUAAAUUUUGACUUUGAUGUCAUCUUACCUCAUGUCCACACAAUAAAAUAUGUCAUAAGAGAUCCAAUAUAUCAAAAUAUAUAGCCUGUAAAAUCAAGUAAUUCUAUUUUUUUUUAUACAGCUCAUGUGUAUUAGAUGCUGUGCAGGUACCUAAUGAAGUGUACAAUGAGUGCUUCCGCUUUUUAAUUUUCUUGUUUUGAUGAUCUAAUGUGUGAGUGCCUUUGUGCAAAAUUACAAAAGUAUUAAAUCCAUUUUGUGUGAAUGCUUCCUGUUGGUUUGAGUUGUCAAGCGUUUUGAAUAAAUACAAUCUAAUGUAACUAAAUCUAGCAAGUGAUUUGACUGUAAUAAUGCGAAUUAUUUUCACACCAUCAGAUUCGUGGUUUUAUUGAUUUUGUACACAUUUAGAAAUAAAAAAAAAUAUAUGAAAGCUUCUUUGUUGAGUCAGAAAUGCAUUUUUCAACCAAACUCCAGCUUCCCAAAAUGGCUGCCACACCGACCUGAAUCUUGUAUGGGCACAAGAAAAGUAAGUUAUUAAUUUCUAUUUCUUUUUAUCCAGUUAUUGUGUUUUUAAAGAUAUAAUUUUAUUGUUCCUACAGCACAAGCGUGUAUUUCUACAAACCGCCACAAAAAGGCUCUCUUGUACUGUUAUUUUUUUUUUUCAAUAAA